CCGGAAUCGACUUGAGUCGUUAUACAUGCUACAAGUCAAGGUAUAAAUACCCCUUCAAGCGUUCAGAAAUGGUUCUUGUUACUACAGUUCUUUCUCAACUCAUCAGCCAUUUUCUCGAGCUACAUAUCUACCGUUUGUUUGCCUGCUGUGUCAUCGUUUCAUAACGAUAUAUAGUAUCCCAAGUUCUACAUUAUACAGCCCCCUUUCUUGAAUAACCCUUAACCAUGGCCAUGAAAUCCGAGAUUUUGGCGAUGUACCAGCAGCAAGACUUCGCCGCUCGGUACAAGAUCGCCGAACAAGUCACUGGCCCAUUCGCGCAGGCGCUGGUUGACAUGUCUGGCGUAGCUGAGCCUACCCAAAAGCCGUUGGCUAUUUUCGACAAUGCUUGUGGCACGGGCAUCAUUUCGAGCGUGCUCCGCCAAAAGGUAGACACUGACUACCAGAAGAGCUGGAAACUUACCUGCGGCGAUUUCAGUGAGGCGAUGGUUGAAUUCACAAAGCUCGCGAUCGAGGCUGAAGGCUGGGCAAACGCCGAGGCCAAAAUCGUGAAUGCACAAGACACGGGGCUUCCCAGUGGAGAGUUUACCCAUGUCUUUGCGGGCUUUGCGUUCACGACGUUUCCUGAUCCUAAAGCUGCAGUGAAAGAAUGUUUCCGAGUCCUUCAGCCGGGUGGUAUUGUCAGCAGCUCAACCUGGCAAUCAACAAACUGGAUCGAGAUUGCGAAGACUGUUGUCGAAAGAAUGCCACCCGGAGACCUUCGUUUUCCAUCUGUGAAAGAAUUCCUCGCGAUCUUCAAUGAGGGCUGGGACUCCGAGUCCUAUGUACGCUCCCAGUUCGAACAAGAGGGAUUCGAGGAUGUGAAUACCACUACUGUUGACAAGUAUUUGUCAGUCACCAUACCGGAGUUCAUGGAGCUUAUCAGGCCAAUACUUGGCGCGGGGAUGGGCAAAUUCUGGACCCAGGCACAACGGGAAGAGCAUGAGAAAGAUGUCAUCCCCGCGAUUAGGAGGUACCUAGAAGAGACCUAUGGUGCGGAUGGAUUGGUUCCUUUGGAGCCUGUGGCGGUUCUUGCGACGGCUCGUAAGCCUUGGUGAUUAUGAUACUAUCAAGUAUGGUCAUCAUAGACAGGCAUUUCAUAUGGCUGUGCCGGC